GCGCGCGCCGCCCGGCCCCGAAUGCCGGAGACACCAGGUGCUUCCGGCGCUGAGCCGUGGCUUCCGCGGGGCUCGGAGGUGAGCUCUCCUCUGCUAGCGGCCUCAGGUUGGUGCAGAGGCGGGAGGUCGGGGCCGGCGUGAUGGCGCGGAAGAAAGUGCGGCCGAGGCUGAUCGCGGAGCUGGCCCGCAAGGUGCGCGCCUACCGGGAGCUGAAGGCGCGGCCGCGGGACUCGGAGCGCUUCGCCCUGGACUACGAGACCAUGACGCGGCCGAGGAGCGGCCGCCGCCUCCCGGAGAAGGCCUGGACCGAUGUGCGGCGCGAGAGUCGCCUCCUGCAGCUGCUCAGCCGUCUGCCGCUCUUCGGCCUGGGCCGCCUCGUCACGCGCAAGUCCUGGCUGUGGCAGCACGACGAGCCGUGCUACUGGCGCCUCACCCGCAUCCGCGCCGACUACACGGCGUCGAAUUUGGAUCAUGGAAAGGCCUGGGGGAUCCUGACCUUCCGAGGUAAGACAGAGAGCCAAGAAAAGGAGAUUGACCAGGUCAUGUACCACGAUUGGAGGCUGGUGCCCAAGCAUGAGGAGGAAGCCUUUAAGAACUUUACUCCUAAGUCUGAGGAAACUGUACGAUAUGUGCCUUACCCACCUUUGCUCCGGGCAAUGAUCUUUGCAGAGCGACAGAAGCAGGGCAACUUCAGCACUGAGGAGCCCAUGAUAGAUUUGAAGAAAAGAGUCUUUUUUCAAAAGCAAGAUGCCAAGAACCAAGCAGAAGGCACGCCAGUGUAAAGGCCCUGAGCUGCUUGGUCAUGUGCAAUAUGAACUUACGCGUGGAACACCCUUUUUAAGGAAGAAUUUCUAGAAUUUAUGUUCUAGGAAACCAGUUUUAUACUAUGUUUCUGGUGAUGCAUUGACUAAUCUGAGCCCAUGGAAUUCAGCAAAAGGAGUGAAGUUUAGCAUUUUGGAAAGCCCAUGCCAUUUUCACCAUACCUCAUUGUACUGCUGCUGAGUGUACAACUCAUUUGGGCCUCUUAUUCCUGCUUUAGAAAGGGUCAGAGGCGUCUUUGGGAGAGAUCACAGCAGCAGAGGUGUCUCAAGUGCUCCAUAGCACAUUGUGUUUGUACCUCAAAGCCAGUGGGCAUUCUUUUGAGCUUACGUCCAAUAUCUGACUGUUCAAGGAGGAGUCCAGGCAGAGGUGUUCCAUAGAACCACCCUGGUGUUUCCUUUACUGUUUCAUUUUAUCUUUCAGUGGGAGCCAGAGCCUGGUUCUAUACAAAUACAAAUAAAGGAAGGCAAACUGUU